UAUUAAACCGAUAUUCCAUUACGUUUGUGCAAUUAGGGUUUGUAUUAAACCGAUCUUGAGCUUCUUCUCGAUCUCUUUUCGUUUCGUUUCGACCGAACGUCAUCUUCUUCGCCACGAUACCUAUCUCCUCCGAUCCCCCGAUUUCCGGAGAUUAUCACUCUCAGUUCUGUUUUCUCUAAAUCUCUGAUUAGGUUUGCUUUUUCCCCCCAAAGCCUAAUUUUUCCCUUAAAUUCGAAACCCUGAUUUCGUCUCUGAAUCUGGAAAAUCACGGCUUUCUUCUCCAAUUCGGACGCUUGACACCUGCCCGUCGAUCCUGUCCGGUAAAGAAGAUUGCCCAUCUUUUCAAUUCCAUCGAAGCUCGCGAUCGAAGACCCCGUCUUGUUGAUGGGCACAAUUAGGGUUUACAGGGAGGUUCCCGGAUCUUCGAAAUCUUCAAGCCCGACGCUCACCGCCUCGACGUCUCGCACGGAAACCGUCAAUGGCUCUCACGAAUUCAAGAUCAACGGCUACUCUCUCUUGAAAGGGAUGGGCAUAGGCAAAUACGUCACCUCCGACUCGUUCGUGGUCGGCGGUUACUCGUGGGCCAUCUACUUCUACCCUGACGGGAAGAGCCCGGAGGACAACGCUGCGUAUAUUUCUAUGUUUAUCGCGCUCGCGAGCGAAGGCGCGGAUGUGAAGGCACUGUUCGAGCUCACGCUCGUGGAUCAAAGCGGUAAUGAGAGGCACAAGGUGCAUAGCCAUUUCGGCAGAGCUCUCGAGAGCGGACCUUAUACUCUCAAGUAUCGUGGAAGUAUGUGGGGAUACAAGCGUUUUUUCAAGAGGAACCUUUUAGAUGCAUCAGACUAUGUCAAAGACGAUUGUAUGUUGGUACGGUGCUGUGUUGGUGUGGUGAAGUCACGCACAGAAGGACCGAUGAGUUACACUAUCCGUGUGCCGCCAUCUGACUUGGGUCAGCACUUAGGCAAGCUUCUGGAAAGCGGGAUGGGAGCAGAUGUAACAUUUGAAGUUGGUGGAGAAACAUUUUCUGCUCACAAGUUGGUUUUUGCAGCCCGCUCCCCUGUUUUCAGGGCACAGCUCUUUGGUCCAUUGAAAGACCGAAACACCCAAUGCAUAAAAAUAGACGACAUGGAAGCCCCCAUUUUCAAGGUGUUGCUCCAUUUCAUCUACUGGGAUGAGUUGCCUGAUAUGGAAAAGAUAAUGGGCACAGAUGCAUUAUGGGCUACCACUCUUGUGGCUCAGCAUUUACUCGCAGCUGCAGACCGUUAUGCUCUUGACCGGCUCCGAGCAAUAUGCGAGACCAAACUCCGUGAAGGGCUCUCCAUAAACUCUGUCACAACGACUUUGGCGCUCGCAGAGCAGCAUCAUUGUUUACAGCUGAAAGCGGUGUGUCUCAAAUUCAUCUCAGCACCCCAACACCUUAAGGCAGCCGUGAUGCAGACAGAGGGUUUUGAAUAUCUGAAGGAAAGCUGCCCGACUUUACUAACCGAGCUACUGGAGCACGUGGCGAGGCUGGGGGAGCAUCGAAUGGCAGCAUCCGUGUAUCCGAAGGAGGAGGUGUUGGUCGAUGGCUGUGAUGCGAAUGGAAGACGGGUAAAACAGCGGCUGCGUUGAUCGAUUCCCAGGCUAUUUUCUCUGCAGAAACAUGGGAUAUAUGGUGACUGGGGAACAAAACAGAGAAGAGAGAGAUUGUAGGGCAGAAGAUUUGUGCUUUUGUCUUGUGAAAAGAUGGAACUUUGUAAGCGUAAUGGUCUUUUUUGAGUGGUUUUUUUUUUAUUGCGUUGUCUCGUCUCAUGUGUAGUGAUUUCGUUGUUAGACCUUUUUCAAGAGAAAAAUCUCGAAAGUCGAAUUAUAUU